AUGGCGCCCGCCGGCAGACCAACGGCCGAGGGGGGGCUAGAGCGGGGAGUGAAGGCGAUCGGGGCGGCUGGAACGGAGGCUUCGUCCAGCAAGAGUAUCUCUUCGACACCCACGGAUGUCUCAUCUAAGACUCUGCUCUUGAGGGACCAGUUGAGGGAUGCAAUCUGGAAGGCUACGGACUCGAUCACGCACGCUGUGGAGGGCAUGCCAGAUGUCACGGCGAACACGAACGAGAGUCUGUUGAAGCUGGGGACCCUGGUGGAGAAGAUCGACGAGCGGUACUUCAGCAAGUACGUCACCGCCGGGGCGAAUCCAUCCUACAAGGACACGCUUGCGGCGGCGGCGACGACGACGACGAGCGGGGCAACGGGGACGGGGACGGGGGUUGCGGCGUCCAAGGGUGGUAAGCUCGACAAGAUGACGAAGGAAGCGGAGGGAUUGGCGUCGACGGUGUCAUCAGACGUCUCCAAGGCCGCCGAUGCGGUAUCUAAGAGCGUGUCCGCUUCGGCCGGUGCAGCGGUGGAGACGGUGGGUAAGGCCGCGGGUGAUGCGAAGGCGGCGGUGGCAGAGGAGGAGGGGUCUUCUGGAACGGUGAAGCUGGACAGGCCCAAGGAGGUGCAAGGCGUAUUCGACGACAUUCAGAAGAAGGCUGUCGAGUUCUACAAGACCAGUUCCGGGGCGAUGUCUAAGUCGCAGGACGCAGAGGGUGGGGCGGCGGCCCCGAUGUCCGAGGCGGCGAAGACUCUCGAGACCAAGCUUGAGUCGCUCCUCAGCGAGAGCAAUUUCAAGCCACGGAAGCUCAAGAAGGACAAGAAGUCUCAGCUGGUGGCCGCCAUCAAGGCCAUGGAGGAAUCCUACCCCGCGGACGCUAACCCCCUGGCAGACCCCGCGCUGUCGGGGCAGUGGAGCGUCGUGUACUCGUCGAGCUCGCGGGGGCUGGGCCGGCUGCGGAUUGGGGGGCCGGGUCCGGGGAUGGGGGGCUUUCAGGGGGGUGCU